AUGGAUCUUUACUCGAGACUCAACCCCUCAUCCAAAAUCGGCAACACGUCUUACCACCUCGUCCAGCUCACAAAGGACCUGCUCGAGGAACUCGACUCCAAGAAGGGACAGCCAGCAACGCCGACGCCGACGCCGACGCCGACGCCGGCGGUGCCGUCCGAGCACGACCGACUGCUCCGCAAGUACGACGUCAAGGCGUCCGAAAACUACCAGUUCAAAUCGAUCGACGAGCUGGCAACCCCGUACCUCACGACCCCGUCCGCCACGUACAAGAUCAGGCAGCAGAACCACUCCAACUGCGUCAUGCUUCUCCACAACAACGUAAACUUCCUCAACUUUGACAACUACCUUAUCCUCGAACGACAGAACACGCACCAGCUGCGCCAGAUGAAACUCAGCUUCAAAGACGUGCCCAUCAAGGAGUUGAACAGCAUCGCCGACAUCAAGCAACUCCACAGUGACAACGAGGACGACCACGACUGCCUCACCGUGCAGCAGCUUAACAAAAUCUACGCGUCGAGCAAGAAGCUCUUGGAGAACACGCCCAUCUCCAUCUCCGAAUUCGAUACGCUCAUCCUCCAGAGCGGCUACGUCCCACAUUACAACAGCCUCGCAAAAAUCCACACCAACUUGGAGACGAUGAUCUUGAACCUUCUCUUGUCGUGCAUCUUGGAGGUCGCCGAGGAUAUCAAUGCAGAGCUGUUGCCAGCGCAGGCCGCAGACGUGCUCCGGAGAACAUACUUCAAGAUCCUGGAGAAAUUCCGGCUCGAGAAAAACCAUUUGAUUCUACGAAUAGUCACCAACGUGUUUUUGCGAUAUGUGCAGCCAAGCAGCAACGCUGCUGCCGUAGCCGAAUUACCCCCACUCGACGAAGCGGACCAGUACGUCGCCUACUCCCUUAUCGCCACCGGCGGGUACUUGCUGCUGCACAACAAGAUCAUCAGGUUCCUCACUAUGACGAUUUUGGAGAAGGAGAAGACGAUUUUGCUGGACGACCUGCUGAUCCAGAUUCGGUUGAACCUCCCGGUGAACUAUCUACCAAGCUUCGAGAUCAGCGAGAUCCUGAGCGGGUUCAGCUACACGCAGAAGCUGGACAAUGGGCAGUUGGAGAUCCACCACCUUACCGUAGACCAGCUCUCGGCUUAUAAGACACCGCAGGAGCGGUUCUCGAGGCUGUUUGGCCUCAAGUCGCAGUGGACGCUCGAGGAGUUGCAGCCCUUUGUCGCCCCGCUCAAUGCGAAGGGGAUCAAGAUCGACAAGUUUUGUCUCAAGUACUGCCGGGUUAAGAAGACUAAAAACCGAACCGUGCUUAUGAGGCGCUGA